CCCCCAAAAAAAAAAAAGAAAAGAAGAAAAACUCAAUUCUCAUUUAUAAAUAUAAAAUUUUAUUAAAACUAAUAGACAAUUCUAUUGCAGUGCAAUGCAAUGCAGCUUAUGUUACUUUUGUAUUAGCUCAAAAUCUCCAGGUUAUUCUCAUUUUUUCUUUCUGCUAAUAACUUCUCAAAUAUGAUGGUUUUAUCUGUUCUGCAACUUGUUGAGAAACAAGCAUAUUUGAUGGUUUUGCCUUUGUUGACUUGUAUAUCCGGUGUCAAUGAUUCAUUGUGUUUGUUUGUUUAUCUAGAAGCUAAUUUGACUGAUUGGGAUUGCUUUCCAUUGCAUGUUAUUAGCCUUUUGGUUUUUAUAUUUGAAUAUAUGUUGAAUUAAUCAUUGAAAUAAAAUUCUUAUGAAGUAAUAAACCUUAGAAUUAUUAUUCUUAAUUAGUUUUUUGGUGAAAGUUUAAUGCCCUAAACCUCUCUAUUAUAAAUUUAUAGAUUUUAUUUAUAGAAGUCAAUGUUUAGGUGAGAAGCAAUAAGGCUUUAUGAUGCUGGACAACCGGCGAGAAUAGAACAACUAAAAGAAAAUAAAAGAAAGGCCAUACAAAAUAAAAGAAGGAAAAAGAUUGAGAUCUACAAUUUACCCACAAUGAUUGGCAAGUUAUGUGUCAAUUUUUCAAUGAAUAAAUAAGUCCCAAAUUAUGCUAUGAAAUUCGUCCGUGGGAUAUUAACCAAGUAUGUCCAUUUUGAUUUUCUAUACUUUGAGUUCUAGCUAUUAAAAUAUCUUUUCAUUUUCCAAGUCUGUUACAUGUAAGUUGAAAUGCCGACCGUUUGCUCGCUUAUGGUGGGAUGAAUUUGUAUCAACAGUAGGGACAAGAGCAGAACCUCACAAACGGGUUUUAACACUUACUCUCUUUCUCGAGCAUUGUAUAAUUAAUCUCUUGAUCAAAAAAUCGACCAACUUGAGAUUUAAAUUAUUUUGUUUUUGUAGGCUAUGCUUCAUCUGGAGCAAGACUGGGUAUUGACAGUCCGUGAAAACGCAAGGUUACAAGGGUUCCCUGACUAGUACAAAUUUUGGGGGCCUGUUAAGGAAAGGUAUAUACAAGUAGGGAAUGCUGUUGCAUUUCCAGUAUCCAUGGCAUUCGGAAGUAUGUUGGCAAACGGAAGCCAAGGAGUCUCAAAUAAUGAACCCUUGACAACAACUGAUCUGAAAUUCCCUCCGAGUCUUGCACAAUUGUCUACGUGAAUAGCAUUGGAUUAAUUAUCCAUUCUUAAAACCCAUUUAUGUUUGCAGAGUACUGGUGGACCGGGCACUGGAAGUGAUAUUGGGCUGUUUGCGAGGUUCUGUUGUGGGCCCUUUCUCGAUCCAUAUUUCCUCACACGACCCAUCAUGCUGAUUGAUGAUUAUGGCCCAACCCAAAAUACUAUGGUGGACCUCGGCUUAUCCAUGGCAAUCUGUUCCCUCUAAUGCUGUCAAAUGGACUGUUUCGUUCUAGGUCACUUCAUCCACAAUCUCGACUAUGGAACUCUCUCAAGCUCUGUAACGAAACGAUCUGAGCUCUCUAACACAGCUCUGUAACGAUCUGCAAUCUAUCAAACGAUCUGAGCUCUCCAACACAUGUAUCCAGAAUGGAAAGUUCAGCUAUGGUUAUGCAAGCUCUCCUGGAAAAAGGUCUACAAUGGAAGAUUUUUAUGAGACAAGAAUCGAUGGUGUGGAUGGAGAGAUAGUUGGUCUCUUUGAAGUUUUUGAUGAUAGUCAGAAUGGAAAGUUCAGCUAUGGUUAUGCAAGC